AUGGCACGGUUUCGUUCUGUCACCCGUACCCCCGUUCUUCUGACAUGGCUGAAAACGACCCCCGGCUCGCCCACUGGACCUCUUACUCAGGUGCAAGUUCGAGCCACUGUAACCACUAAACCCUCAGUGGUUGUAGCGCGUACUCCGCCUUCUGCACCUCAAGCAAUCGCCCAGAUCGAAUCCGAUGAGGAGAAUCCGUCAUUGGCCGAGGAACGUCGUCAGGACUUCGCUAAGAGCUUCCAACGGGACGCUAACGGCAAAUUCAAUUGCGCGUUCUGUCCCUACUCUACCGAACAUCACGGUAGUAUGAAAAAUCACCAAAUGACGCACACAGGCGAAAAGCCGUAUGAAUGUGGUACAUGUGGCAAAAAGUUCAUCCAAAAAGGCAAUUGGAGACGCCAUGAACUUCGAGUUCACUCGUCUUCUUCGGCGAAUAAGACCUACCAAUGCCCUCAAUGCCCAGAAAGCUUCGCAGAACUUCAUCUGAUGACUGCGCACCACAUAACCGCCCAUCUGUCACCCCAGGGUCUCCUGGCCAACGGAGCAUUCAAGAAGGAUAUGCUGAGCAUCCUCGAUGCGACCCUUGGCACGAAACGUAAGGACAAGACGUGCGAGGUGUGUUUGAAACAGUUUGCGUCCCGACAUGACAUGGAAAGGCACAUGCGGGUUCAUACCCGGGAAAAGCCCUUCGUAUGCCCCCUGUGUUCGACAGGAUUCACGCAAAAAUCCAGCUUGAAAUCACACUUGUACACCGUGCAUAACCUCACGCAGAACAUGUGAACGCUAGGACUUACCGGUACAGCGAAGUAGUCGGUUUUCACGCGGGGCGCGGAUGCCGACCACUAGACAAAAACGGCGAGUAAGCACUACGUCUCACCAGGAACAGUUUGAGGGAUGCGCAUCGUAGACGUAGAUCGUCGACGGAAUUCGUCUGAGGGAGGUGAAUGGAAUUCGCCCGAGCGAAAGCUCCACGAUGAGCGACCACCAGAACCCAG